GAUACAAAGAUACACAGACACCCGGAUACUUGUACUGCCAAAGAUACGCGACUCGAACCAUCUACAUAUCCGAAAAAUAUACGCAUAUCGAGGAAUAUAUAUCCACAAUAUCCCAAUAGUUCCGUAACAUAUCGCCGUAACAAUUGUUUUCUGUGGAAGAAAGACAUUUUUUGGUGUUUUUUUUUUGUUUUUGGACAGCAACAUGUUUUGAGAUUGAGUGCGCAUGCGCCCGAAAGUAUUCUCUAUGCUACGUGGGCGGCCCAGGCGAUAAAGGACAAGAGUCUCCGCCAAAGGACAUACAUAUCUAGACGUUUCACGUACGCGUAUUAUUCAACCAAUUUUGUUGCCGUGUGUGAAAAGUGGAAGAAAAUCGAACAGGGAAACCUUCGGCAAGCAAUCAGCAAAGAAAACAUAUCUCUAGAGAAAAGAUCUCAGGAAGCAAUCCCAACCGAAACGCAGUUUACAUAAUACCCUUCAAGAUGUCAACCUCGUCGAGCAACUCCAGUGCCGGGGCAGAGGAGCAGGCCCCAAGGAAGCCUGGCACCAGCAACGAGGAGAGCUCCCACCUGCUGGAGGCCGCCGAGAACGGUGCCAAAUAUGGCUCCCGCCAAGCGGUAAAAAUCGUCAAAGCCAAUGAGAAUGGCUCCACCACACCCCAUGAUCAGGAGAAUCUACUCGGCAACAUGGUGCACGCCUCCACCGAGAACAAGUCCAAGAAGCUGCCACAGUAUGUGGCCGCUCUGGCAGCAGCUGGCGGUGCCUUCGCCGCCGGUACCGUGCUGGGCUGGACAUCGCCCGCCCAACCGCAGAUCGUGGACGGUGGCGAGGGCUAUGACUUCCCCGUCAGCGGCACCCAGUUCUCGUGGGUGGGAUCGUCCAUAAAUCUGGGCGCCGCCUGCGUGUGCAUCCCCAUUGGGUUCCUCAUCAGUUUGAUUGGACGCAAGCUGACCAUGCUGAUGCUGGUGUUGCCCUUCCUCGUCGGCUGGGCCAUGCUCAUCUGGGCCCCAUCGGUGGGCUUCCUGUACGCCUCACGCUUCAUUCUGGGUCUCGCUGGCGGCGCCUUCUGUGUCACCGCUCCGAUGUACACGGGCGAGAUAGCCCAAAAGGAUAUCCGCGGCACGCUCGGCAGCUUCUUCCAGCUGAUGAUCACCAUGGGCAUCCUGUUCGUCUAUGCUGUGGGCGCCGGUGUCAGUGUCUUCUGGCUGAGCGUUAUCUGCGGCAUUAUACCCAUCGUUUUCGGCGUCAUUUUCUUCUUCAUGCCGGAAUCUCCCACAUAUUUGGUGGCAAAAGGUCGUUCGGAAAGCGCCAUCAAGUCCAUUCAGUGGCUGCGUGGCAAGGAAUAUGACUACGCACCGGAGAUCGAGGAGUUGCGCGAGACCGACCGGGAGAUACGGGAGAACAAGGUGAACCUUUUCGCAGCCCUCAAUCGGCCGGUGACCCGCAAGGCCUUGGCCAUCAGUCUGGGCCUGAUGUUCUUCCAGCAGCUGUGCGGCAUCAAUGCUGUCAUCUUUUACUCUUCAAAGAUCUUUUUGGAUGCCAACAUUGGCAUUGGCUCGGAAUGGGCCACAAUCAUGAUUGGCAUCAUGCAGGUGGUGGCCACCUUUGUCUCCACUUUGGUGGUGGACAAACUGGGACGUCGCAUCCUGCUGCUGGCCUCUGGAUCGGUAAUGGCCCUCUCGACAACCGCCAUUGGUGUGUACUUCUUUCUGCAGGAUCAGGAUCAAAGCAAGGUGGACGAUCUCGGCUGGCUGCCAGUGGCCAGUCUCUGCAUCUUCAUUUUGAUGUUCUCCAUUGGCUACGGACCGGUGCCAUGGCUGAUGAUGGGCGAGCUCUUCGCCACCGAUAUCAAGGGAUUCGCCGGCUCCAUUGCUGGUACCUCCAACUGGCUGCUGGCCUUUGUGGUCACCAAGACAUUCGAUGAUCUAAACGACGCUCUGGGCAAUGGCGGCACCUUCUGGCUCUUUGCCGGCCUCACCGUGCUCGGGGUGUUCUUUGUCUUCUUUGCCGUGCCCGAGACGAAGGGCAAGAGUCUGAACGAGAUCCAGCAGGAGUUGGCUGGCAACAGGACCAUCGCCACCACCACCACCACCGCCACCACCACCACUCAGGCGGUGAACGGACAGGAAAAGUAAACUGCAACCGAAACCGAAAAGGGGGCAAGCCGGAAGUUGAAGCACACCGGAAAUCACUGUUAAACUUGCUAUUAUUUUAUGUUUGAUUUAGGUUCGCGUUUUCAAUUGAUAAUAGAAUUUUGUUUGUAGAUCGUUGAGGGUGAUCAGAUCAGAGAUGGCGGUACGAGAGAUUGAGAGUUGCAGCAAAAACUGAAACUAAGAGCGAAGACUGAAGGUCCACUGCAUCAUAUACAGCUGCAAGAGAAAGAGGGACAAGGCUGAGUCCUUGCCCUGGGAGCCACAGAAAAGACAACAGCAAUUUAAGAAACAAAACAAAAAACAAGACAUAUUAUCUAUGUAUAUUAUAUUGUAUGUACUAUAUGUAUAGUGUGUAUUGUAUGCCUAUUUAGCAUUAUUUUGCGUUCUCUUUUAAACACAAAUUUAAUGCAUUUUCCGUACGAUUUUAAGGCACAAUUGCAUUUGUUGGGGUUUUAAUCGAAAGUUUCUAUUUGUACAAUAUAUAUAUGUAUAUGUGUCUACGAGUAUGUACUAUAUAUGUAUGUAUGAAUACCUAUAGCUGUCCAUGUCUGUUACUUCGAGAAGCAUUCAGUCGAUUCGAUUCAUUUAUAGCAUAUCCUCUUUUAAGUUGUAAACUAAGCCACGCCUUUUGCCACAUUUAUUUAUUUACGCGUGAAGCGAAAUGUGUUUAUAUAUACAUAUAUUUUAUCAAAUAAAACCACAUAAAUAUACAUAUACAAUUUUUUUUUUUUUUUUUAUAUAAUUUUAAAUCGUAAUUUCAAUACCGUGAAUGGUUUCCUUUCCUGAAAGCUGUAAAAGCCUCUCGCUCUAUCAUUGUUAAACGUGCAUAUAGUAUUUAUGGUUAAACUAACUAAAGAUUAAUGUGAGAUAAAUAGUAUAUCUAUAUAUUCAAUAUAUGAUGUUGUAAAUAA